UAUUUCAUAAAUUAGCGAAGGGGUCUACCUAUAUAGGCCUAAUGUUCCAUCCAACGAUGUCAUUUAGUGUGAUUCUUGAGAGUAAGCUUAGACUGGUCUCCUGACAGUGUUGAAACAUCUAAUGAAAAUGCUCGCGGUCCUAGUUUGUCUUUCUGUCUUCUGGGUUGUGAUCAACGCUGCACCCAGUGGUUCAUGCAUAGCGAAUGGAUACCGUUUCCAAGACGGGAGCAUUUUCACGGUUCCCGGAAACAGUCAAUGCAUGAAGCACAAGUGCGACAAUGGCUACAUACGUCGGGCCAGUGAAGGUUGCGAGGUAGACGGCCAGUGCCACGAUGUUGGCAACACAUUCAUUAAAGACUGCGUCAUCUACACCUGUGAGAAAUCAUACAAAGGCAGUUUUAGUGUCUACACCUCUUCAGUCACAAGGAUCUUGUGCCAGGAUAUUAACGGAGUCUGUCGUAGACCAGGGACAACUUUCAAGUACAGUGCUCACGGGAGAAUUUACAACAAUUGUAAAUGUUCUGUCCAAGGCUCCUAUAGGAGCUACAGCUGUACCCCAGAACCAGGAGAAUAUUACUGGCACUAAACUUUCUCAAUAGUUCACAACAUUGAUUUGUAAUAAACGGAAUUUUUUUUACAAAGCUUA